AUGGGACUUACUCCAAUUGUUUGUAUUGCUCAAGAUUAUAUUCAAGGAAAACCUGCGGAUGAUCUACGAUUAUGUAAAGCCAUACUUGAACUACCUGACAAUAAAACCGAACAUCUUCCAGGAUAUUUACCUUUCGUACCAGGAAUGCUAGUUUUACUCACAGAAAACAUUGCUACUGAGCUCGAACUCUCUAACGGUACAGGAGGAAUCUUCCGUCAACUUAUAUACGAUGAACCACCAGAAGAUGUUCGAUAUCAUGAUCAGAAUUUUCCACCAAAUACCAGAUUAAUUUCAAUGGAAAUAUUUAACAGUUUAUUUCGAUCAAAUAUUCAACAGUUUAUUUCAAUUGGAAUACUUAACAAUUUAAUUCAAUGA